ACGGCGUCAAGGUUGCUAUGUAGGCCCCUGACAUUGCUGAAAUCCACAUUAAAUGUGGAAUGGGGAGCCGCCUGUAAAACCGUUUUCUUUUUUUUCGACUUCAUUAAGUUGUUAUAUUUCGGGAGAGUAGGAUUAGGAGAGGUAGGAUGUUAGAGGUGAGAUCGAGGCAACACCUGAAUGAAGCGCGGAACAUAGUACGUGCUCGACCACGGGUUGCGUGAGAGACUGACGCAGGGCAUGGAAGGGCCCCCAGUCCACUCUGCGUGCGAUCGCCGGGAUCCACUCCGGUCUCCGACUCCGGCACGACGACCGCACGGCAGAAUUUUACACCGGUUGGCGGGACAGCUUCCCGGGGCGGAGUUUAGUAGAGACACCCGGGUUCAGGUCCCCUACUGACCGGCGGGCGGCAGCGGAUACCGUUUCACUGGGUCUCCCUAUACCCCCGUCAAACAAUCACGCCCCGCGAGUUCGCACGCACGUCUGCUCCGCAAGUUCCAGGCGUAACCAAGACUCACCCCCAACAAGGAAGGGGAAAGGGAAGGGAUAGAACUGGCUCUCCAACCCACACGCCGGAACACAGCUAGGCUAUUUGGCGGCGGAUUCUAGUUGGAGGGUGGUCGCCAGCCAGUCGGACUAAGUCCUACCACCGGUUAUGUUUUCGGCUCCCGUUUAGCACCACCCAGGGGUCACUUGUAGGGAAUCGCGGGUUAAACCUACGGAAGCGGGAAGCACCAACCCAACCAAUGUCAGUUCGUUCUAGAUGGCAGAUGCUACAAAAGCUAACUCAAAGUUUUUGGCGUGUCUGGCAUUUGGAUUAUCUUCAUACAUUACAGCAACGCGCUAAAUGGUUUAAACAACACGGUAACGUUAAGCUGGGAGAUAUAGUUAUGAUCGUGGAUCAAAACCUUCCACCGUUGGAAUGGCGUAUCGGCAGAAUUAGCAUAAUUCAUCCCGGUUCUGAUGGCGUAGUACGGGUUGUCACUGUCCAAACAGCUCACGGUCUGCUGCGCCGACCAGUUACAAAGUUGUGUCCUUUGCCAAUUCACGAAAACUUGUAACCUUUAUAAUUUACUUUAUACUAUUAUCUAAUUUAAUAUAAUAGUUUAUUUAUUCACAUAAUUAUUAUUUUUAUCUUAAUUAUUACUUUAUUCUUAGCAUAUUAUUAUCUCUAAUUCACUAGGUACCUUAGUUACCACAGCUUAUUAUCUUAUUAAAAUCUUUUGAAAUCCUCCAAUGAUUUCAAGUGGGGGGAAAUGUUGGGACUUCCUUUUCCUUAUUCCUUCCUCAAUCCCCUAUCCACGCCAUCUGUUGACACUACAAGAAAAACUACGCGCGUAUGAAAAUGGCGCGAAGUGUGUAAAAAAAAAAACUAAAAACAUGGUGCCGGUGCAAAAACAAUAAAAUUGUGAUUUGUUGAUCAAUCAGCACAUAUAACUCUCGCCAGUGAGAAAAAUUGAAUAGUGCAUCAACGAAAUACAGAGGUAAUGCCACCAGACAUGGCGGUGUCCAUGCGGCAUACGAAACUGAAGGCCGAGGAGGCGGCUCUCAUUGCUGGAGAACUGACCAAGCCCUCAUGGGAGUCCAGAAAUGAGGGUAUUCACGAGAGAGUCAGCUUUGAAGAUACCAUUUGGGGUUUUGAUUUGGCUGGAGGGAUAUAUUACAGAACACCGCUUAGAGUUACUUUUGUGAAGCCAGACAGCCGAGCAGAAAAGGCUGGCAUCAAGCCGGGAGACAGGCUGCUCCGCAUCAACGACAUAGACACCUCGACCCUCACGAUCCAGCAGGCGCACGAUCUCAUUGUCGAAUCAGGAAUUCACCUUAAGCUAGCUGUGACCUCGCCAGAUGAUUUAGAAGAUGCCUACUACUACUACGAGGAUCCUAUUGUGGAAGAUUACGAUAGCGAAGAAGAAAGGCUCAGAGAAGAAGAGAAGGCAAGGAAGAGACAGGUGCACGCUAGAGUUAGUUCAUACUGGAGUCUUCAGUGGCCCUGGGUCAGCAAGCGAAAGAUCAUCUACCGAGAAUCGAACUGCUAUUUGGUGCCCAGCAAAUAUGAGGAGAAACAUAGAGACAAAUUUCCACCUCAACCGAUGCAAAGAUUCCAAGAUGAUAUAGUCCUUCACAGCGCAAAAGACACGUCCAAAAACAGAGUCCGUGGUGAGAAGCUAAUGGAAGAAAAAAAUCAGCUUUCAACUGAACCAAACACAAAGCUCACUAACGGUGUUACUAAUGGUCAUGAAGAAGAAGAAGAAGAAGACAAUAAUACUGCAAUAAAUGAGGAUGAUAGCCAAGAAGAUUUAUCACUUAAGAGCUCAGGUUCUGAUACUAUUCAAAAUGAUGAAGUCAUUAAUGAUAAUGUUGUCAAUAAAGAUGAAAAUGAACCGAUUUCCCAAGAAUCAGAAACAAGUGAUAAGCCUAACGAUAAAGAAGAAGAAGAAGAAGAAAAAGUUAACGCAGAAGAAACUGAUGCAAUGGAUGUCUUAGAAGAAUCCAGUAACGGUUUUCAAGAUUUAUCUCAAGAGAUGAUUAAAGAUAAUGAUUUACUUAAAGCAGAAGAUGACAAUAACAUUAUCGAUAGUAUAUUAAGUGAUAACGGCCAGAACAUGGAGAAUUUGGAAGCCAUGAAUGAAAGAUAAAUUUAAGAGCUACAAAAUAACUUAAACAACACUAAUAAAAAUAUUCCAAAAAUACUUCCUAAUUAGUACUUAGGAAAUAGUAAGGAACGUAAUCGAUGGUCUCCAAUAAUAUAAGCAAUAUCUGGGGUCAAACUCAACAUACUUUAUAUCAACAUCGUAUAUCAAUAUCGUUCUUCUGAUGUAGCAAAAAGUUCAUUUUAGAGUUAUGACGUUGGUCAGAGAAAUUAAUACCUACAAACAUUUUGUACUAUAUUCUAAAGAAGCAUGUGCUUAUUGGUAAAAGUAUUAAAUUCUAUGUGAAGAAUAGUGAUAUGAUGUAACUGCUAAGCAAUAUUGUUUUGUACUCGCUUUGUUUUUCACUCUGUUCAGAUUUGUCAAGUAGACACGAUAGAAAUAUCUUAGUGGUUAAACUCUGCAAGUAGGUAUUUAUUUUUCCUAUUAUAUUUAAAACGAACGCGAAAUUCAAUCACAAAAGUGUUUAACUACUUUUUCACAAAAACGUAUAACGAUACUUAGAUAAAUUAUUAUUCCGUCCAUUUUUUUACGUGGCACAUCAAUUACUUAGGCAAUUUUAAUCAUCUGCAUUGAUCGUAAUUAAAAUCACUGCAAUCCGACGUAGUGAAUAAAACAGUAUACAUUAUUGUUUGUAUCCUAUUCACCGGAAUUAAUUAGACGCGUCGAAUAACAUCUUAUUUGUAAAAAAACGGUGAUUAGUUAUGAAACUAUCAGAGGAAAAUGAGCAUUUCUCUUUGCCUUUGCCAGUCUUGCAAAAACGACCAGAUCUGAAUUGUAUAUUUUUUUCAUAAUAAUACAUUAUUACAAUCAUUCCAUUAUCUGUGUGACGACGUUUAUUUCCUUAAAAGUCUCGAGAUAGCAUUGAUUUAACAAAACACAAUCAGUAUAGAAUCAGUCAGAGAAUCGCGCCCAAGCAAUUAAAUAUGUCUGUAGUCUUGGACACACCAUUUUGUUCAGUAAGUCAAAUGAAAUAUUACAGGAAUUAAAUGGUCCAUAAUAAAUGAAAUAUACAAUUUGAA